CUUUGUUGCGAUUGUUACAAUUUUUCUGAAGCUUAAGCAAAUAUAAAAUUUUAUAUUAUUGAUCGAAUAUAUUUGCUAAAAAGAUAAUACGAAAAUGGCACAAAAAGUAACUUCAGACGAAGAAACUUACUUAAGAGCAGCUGCGUCCAAUGGCCAUGGAACGGAUACAAGUGGUGACUAUUUCGAGACAUCCGAGUCCGAAUUUGAGAAUAUUAUAAACUGCCAACCUGUUAAACGGAACGAGGCACUUGCUGCUUACGCACGUCAACGUAUAUUAAGCAAUUCUACUGAACUUAACAAAAAUCUUAGUUUUAUGACUUCUUCGUCGGAUGACGAGGGAGAUACUGAUUCUUUUGAUGAACAAAAUAACAUUUCUGUUCUUCCUAUGAAUUUUGAUGAAUCUCUUACACCACAUUUUAAUGAUUCGGAGCGUACUAAUCCAGCUGAUAAAACUCCGAAACAAGUACCUGCAGCCCACCAGACAUCUGAUAGAGAGCAGAAAUCUAUUAAGUCUAUUAAAAACACUGUUCGUGCUAAGCAUAAUAUACUUAAAAGCUUAGAAGAAUCAAAAACAAUACUUGUUAGACAAUUCAAUGUAGUAGCAAGUGAUGCUAAGGAAACAGAAGACGAACAGCUGACACUAUUAGAAAGAAAAGGACGACAAGUAACAAUAAGCGCAAUAACUUCUGAUAUUGAUUACUGUGAUUUAGAGGAAACGGAUGUUCCAGUUGUUGCGCUACAACAACAAUCAGGAGGAAGCAUGACUGCUUCUGCCGAGAGCGAAUGCGAAACCAACAGUUGUUAUCAAGUCAAGACAAGUGCAAGCACACGUAGUGGAACAGUUAGCCCAAACGUUAUAGAAAGAAAGAGGUACGAAAAUGCUCAGCAGAUUGAAGAUGAUAAGUCUGAGAUGAAUAGAAAAUCGCGUGAGAAGUUAAUGCAAUUUAAAUUAAAUUUAUUAAAGUGGAAAGAAAGCCAAAAUUUUUCCAACAGUAGAAGCUCACAAGAGGAAGAAACUGUUGAGGAAAAUAUAAAAGAAGAUGCCUCAGAUGCUGAGUAUGAUGAUAAUGAUGACAAAGAGGGAUAUAUUGCAGAGUCUUGUGACGAAGAAGUGGAGUAUGAAACUGAAUCUCUGACAUUGUCAGAAAAUGAAGCUGACUUAUCAGAAUAUGGCAGUUAUAGUACAGACUCAACGAGUGCAGAAUAUACCACAUCUGCAACAGAUGAUAAUUCUACAGAGUAUACUGAUGCAGUAGUGACAGAUGAUUCAUCUCCGUGUACAUCUUAUGCUAAAAAUGAUAUGAUUAGGGAGCGCAUGCACAAUAUAAUCCGCUCUGCCAAACCUUCAGAAAGUGAGCAGUUAAUAAAAUUGGAGGAAGCUAACAAAUCUCAAACAGAUCUUUUGGGUAAGAAUUUAUCCAAAGCAAGAAUACCAGUUCCUGCGCGUUUUCCUGCCGUAAGACCUUUUAGAAAUCGCAGCUUCACCGAUUUGCAGAUGCGUGAGAUUGCCCGCGAAAACAAUAUUUUGGCACGAAAGUUAGUUGCUUUGAAGCCAAAAAAAUAUAAUAAUGCGUACCAACAGAUGGUGCCACGCAAAAUAAUUGCGCCCUCGCUGACCACUCGUAAAAAGCAGCAGCAACAGAUCGAUUUCGAGAACAAUAUUCUGAAGGGCAAAUUGAUGGCUAUUGGACGUCGUAAACCACUUUUUUAAGUAUUUGUUUUGUAAUUUUUUUAAUGUAUAUUUUUUAUAUUACUUUUUUUGGCUAUAUAAGCUUGAGUCUAUUAAUAAUAAAUUAUAAUGAAGUGCUGUUUGAUAGAAAGAAUAUA